AUGCAAUACAUCAGGAGGCGGAGGCAGUGGAGGAGGAGAAUAAAGCAGAGUGGGUGGAUGGAUGGAAGAGUGCAGGGUACAUCAGAUCGAGGAGGUGGUGAGGCACUGAACCCGGAGCAGGUGAACGCAGCUGCGGACCGCCAUGGGCUCUCUGCUGCCUUCCUCUUGUGGCUCAGCGCUGCAUUUACUGGCCCCAAGGAGACAGCAGGGGCCAGCCAACAGUGCGGCAGUGGGCAGGUUAGGCUAACCCUGCCGGAAUGGAGGCAGGUGAAGGCGAAGGUCAUACAGUACAGUGUGUACUCUUGGAAGGGCAUUAAAGGACAGAGGGACCAUUCAACUCACCGAGGCUACACCAAAGUUCAUACAUUCAGGGACAACUUGAACUCAAAGAAGCACAGGAGACAAACCCAACCCCCCAAUAGCAUCUUUGCCUCACCAUCACCACCACACCAGCCCACCCUCUCAGUCAAGUCCUGCCUUGACAAGAAGAGGAGUGGAGUUCCCCCUCCCGUCCUACAUCCAGUCAACACGAUGCCCCAAUGCCUCCAGUGUGCUACAGCUCAAAUGGGCUCGAUGCACCCCUCCAAUCCUCACUCUUCCACUGCCCCCUCGCUAUGA